AUGAGCAUCUCACUUCGUUCACAAGUCUUAACUCAUUAUAAAAAGUUAAUUCGUACUGCACAAGCUGUUUUUCAAAAUGAUCCUGCGCGAAUCUAUAGUAUGACGCAAGGCAUACGAGAAAAUUUUACACAUUAUAAAAAUGAAAAAGAUGAGAAAACGAUCAAAGAGUUAAUUCGCGCAGCAAAAGAUACAGAUAGUUUUCUUCGCCGAGAAGUUUUACAAACAAUACAAACUGAUGAAAAUACUUAUCGUUUAGUUAUCAAACCGUAUAUGCUAUUCGAUAAUACACGCCUGAUUCGUACGUGUGAAGAUGAUGAAAAAGAACAUCAACAUGAAGAAGAAGAAAAAGCACGACAAGAAGGACUAUCUCCUUGUGAAAUCGCAGCGCAAAAAUUAAAAUAA